UGCUCAAUGCUCAGAACCUAGUGACCUCACCUUUAGGGAACAGUGGAAUCUGGGUAUUCUUAGAACUCCUAUUGGAUGGACAGAUGGGUAGGUGAGCUCCCUCUCCCCAGAGCCAUCGGCCAGGUACCAAGGCUAGAACUUAUGGAUCCCCAACAGGAGGAUCUGAGUCUCCCUGAUGUGUGGGUCUCACUGUACUUUGGAUUCCUGGGGCUGUGUUCUUUGGUCACUGGUGGUUGCAUUCUCUUUCUGCACUGGAGGAAGAACCUGCGCCGGGAAAAGCGUGCCCAGGAGUGGGUAGAGGUGAUGAGAGCCACCACAUUCACCUACAGCCCACUGUUGUACUGGAUUAACAAGCGAAGGUACUAUGGCAUGAACACAGCCAUCAACACAGGUCCUCCACCUUCUGUCACCAAGACUGAGACUGAGGUCCAGAAUUCAGAUCCUCUGGGGGAGUUGGACAGCACUGAAAGUAGAAGCCAUGCUGCUCAAGAAAGCAACCCCAACAUGGAGGCCACUGUCCUCCUGCAACCUGCAUUGCAGCUGGUCCCACAACAGUCCCUACCUUCCCCAAUGCUGCGGCCCCAGGCCAGUUCCCCACUCCCGAUUCCCGUCUUUCAGGAGGUGCCCUUUGCUCUCUCCCUGUGUAACCUACCCCCAAUGCUGAACCACUCAGUGUCCUGCCCUUUAACCACCUGUCCUGAAAGGAACACCCACUUCUAUUCCCUUCCCACACUGGCCCAUGGGGACCAUUGCUUCAGUGCCAAGCGUUUUGCUUCAGAACUGUAG